GAAUGAUUCGCUAUGUCGAACACCUGCCUGUCCUGUGGGGGGUCGGGACCAACCCAUUUCGAGGAUUCUGCCGGAAGACUUAUCUGCACGAAUAGUGGCUAGGUCGUUAAGGAUUCUUUUAUUGUUUCCAAAAUUUCUUUUGGAGAUAGAAGUGGGGCUGCUAGAGUUCAGGGGAGUUAUGUUUCUGAAGGACAGACUCAUCUCGCGGGGGUGGGGGAAGGUUCAGGAAUGGAAAUAGUCUUGAGAGUCGGGAACAGAUAAUUCAGAAUGGUGGGUUUGUCCUAUUUUCUACUCGCACCCUAUGUUACUCCUGAUAUAUAUUUUUCCUUCUGGACUGACGAGAGCUUCUAGGACGUUGCAAAAUUGUUCAACUCGCCGGUGCUGUCAAUGUCCUGAACAUUUUGCAGAUCACGCGCAACAAUGGUUCUCUUUACCCGUUAUGCACAACUUCAACGGAGGUGGCAAAACACAAUUCGUCGUCGCCUGUUCUCUACACAUUGUCUGUCGUCUCGAAAAGAGUUCCCAUAUCCUCAUUGACUUCUCGGAAAUACUAAAUGUGAGUUUCCGCUCGAAGUCGACGGGUUUCUUUCUCCUAACAGCGCUCCAGGUGAAUGUCUUCUCACUCAGCCACACCUACCUUCAACUCGUCCAAAUCCUGCAAGUCCGGUUACCACACAUAGAUCAUACAGCCUACCUCUACCGCUUCGCAAAGCACCUUGAAUUCGGCUGCGAACAGACUGAGGUCUCUUACGACGCCCUCCGUAUCAUUCAACGUAUGUCCGGCAAUUGAAUGGUCCAAGGCUAUAGGCUAUCGGGUAUUUGUGGCGCCGCAUUGAGCCCCACAGCCCGCAUGAAGAAUUUCCGCCGUUCUGUUAGGGAGGUGGUUUACGUUGUUAAAGUAGCAGACUUGAGUAUUCAGAAGCGGCUGGAUGAAUUUCAGGAUACUAAGAGCGGAGACUUGAGUGUUGAAUGAUUUAGAAAUAUAUGGUUGGAGCAAGCGCACGACCCACCCAGCUAUAGGCCGAAAGCCUCAAAGAGGCGCAAGAGGGUUAGGAAUGUUAAUGAUGAGGGAGAAGUCAUCGAGGAUCUGCCAAGAAUAUCACUAUUGUCGCUGCUCUCGUAGAUCUAAGAGCAGCUCCCAGCACCCCCCUGGACCCCCCCUGGGACUCCUCCUAGUGCUCCUCUCAGCGCCCCAACGCUACUUGUACUUCUCGAUAAAGUAAUCAGACUGGGCGUAGAUGGCUUUGUAAUCCCAGAACUCCCCGCCCCUUUGCUGCUCCCAAUCUCCUCACUCCCCGGAACAACAAUCGACACCAUGGACCCCCCCACACCGUAAGGCGUCGAAAAGGCCCAAGGUGACCACCGCUCCGCCAUAGUGGAGGAAGUAAUCGAAUCCGAGAUCGCCUCUCUACUAGAUGUCUCUGCGGCAUCCAUCAUGGAAGAGCUCCGAGAGGACGACCGGCAAGUGCGCGUGGGGGUGCGCCCCCUCUACUAAUCAGACGACCCAGACAACCUCGAUGAGGUCGACGACGAUUUUGAAGUCUAGAAUGCUCUGCUCCCCAGAGGUGGAUGCGACCUGGGGGAGAAAAUCUGGGUGGAGCUUAACAUGGGCUACUUGCAUGAACAAGAAUGCCAGAUCUUCCCUUUUUUUCCUUUUUUCCUUUUUUUUUAAAAAAAAACUCCCCUCUCCUCCCAACGGGUGCUAUUAUGUCUAACAUGGAUAUUAUAGUGAAACGCCUGAAGAAGGAAACUGACCUCCGCAACGGUAUCAUCAAGACUGCCAAAAAACGCAAGAGGAAUAAGCUCCGCAAUACCAACAGCAAGGAAAUAGCUGCUACCCCUGCCGACCAUGUGAAGGAGAUGCUCAUGCGGAGGAGUUGUUCAGAGAAGAUCAAUUAUAAAGCGAUCGAGGGGCUUUUCGAGGAU